AUGGCGUCCACUUCAAUCACUACGAUCCUCUCGAGGGGAGUCUCCGUCAUCGUCAUCUUUGCGAUUGUCCGGUUCUUGGUCCGAGGCUACAUCCAUCGGUCCAAAGUGAGGUCUUUGAAGGCCCAAGGACUUCCAGUACUACCACACUCCAUGCUAUUUGGCCAUCUGAUCAUUCUCGAUGAAUUUCGGAAGUCUCACCCACCUGACGUCAACAUCUACCAUCUUCACACUUGGCUUGCGAGUAACUUCAAGCUCUAUUUUCCUACCUGUGAAGCCCUGCCACCAGUGGUCUACAUAGACCUAUGGCCAUUUAGCGACUCGUUGGCGUUGGUGAACGAUCCUACGGUUGCAUCACAAUUCAUGACUACGAAGAGCUUACCCAAAGCACGUAUGGUCAAACAGUUCAUAGAACCCUUGACAGGGUGUCUUGACAUCUUUUGUACCGAAGCAAAGGCCUGGAAGCAGUGGCGAACGAAGCUCAACCCUGGAUUCAGCCAACGAAGCCUGUCGGCAAUGGUCCCGGAGAUCAUGGAAGAGGUAGACGUGUUCGUUAAGGGUUUAACAGAGAUGGCUGGCGUAGGGAAAUGGGGUCCAGUAUUCCAACUUGAGAAGAAGACUACCAACCUGACAUUCGACGUUAUCUGCAGAGCAACACUCGAUAUGCGUCUCCACGAACAGACCAGAGACGCCGAAAGCCCCUUGAAAGCUGCCUUCAUGGACCAGCUUCGACUAAUGGGGAUCAUAGCCAACGCUGCGCGAGGAAAGGUAUUCGGUCGCUCGCCCUGGCAGUCCGCAGCCCUCGCCCGUAACAACAGGACCAUCAGAAGUAUCCUGCUGCCAGCGAUACAGGAGAAGCUUGAGGCCGGAAGGACAGACCUCCAGAGAAAGACAGUGAUCGAUCUUGCCAUCAAGAACAUCGACGAAGGCAGCUCAAGCAUCUCACAGACAAGCCCCGAAUUUAUCGAUAACCUUGUUUCUAACCUCAAAAUGUUUCUGUUCGCUGGCCAUGACACCACAACUUCGGCGAUCUGCUUCAUGACGAAAGCUCUGCAAGAUAACCCUCAAUGCUUGACGAAACUCCGUGACGAGCACGGCACAAUCGUUGGGCCAGACACCAAGAUCUUAUCGACCUCUCCCCACCUGUUGAACUCCCUCCCGUACACGGUUGGGGUAAUCAAGGAGACACUGAGACUGUAUCCCUUAGCAGCAACAAUACGCGAGUCUCAUCCUGGCUUCUGCUUGGUGGAUGAAUCCACCCGUUACCCAAUGGAAGGGUUCGGCCUAUGGGCAUCAGCACCCGUCAUCCAGCGGCAUCCACGCUACUGGCCCAAGCCUGACGAAUUCCUUCCUGACCGUUGGACGGUACCCGAGGGCCAUCCACUGCAUCCUCCCAGCAGUGCCUGGCUGCCCUUUUCGCUUGGCCCUCGAAAUUGUAUCGGCAUGCAGCUGGCCAUGAUAGAGCUCCAGUUGGUCUUGAUCUUCACCGUCCGGACAUUCGACAUAGCAGAGGCUUGGGAUAAAUGGGAUACGAUACAGUAA